CCAGGGUGGCCGGUAGGCAGGCAGGCAGGCAGGCAGCCGCAGGGAGCUGUGCAGCAGCUGGGGCGGCUGCGAGCGCAGAGCUGCGGGCGCACUGACGGACCGACGAACGGCGCCUCCCCCCGCGCCCCCAUGGCGGCCUCCGAGCGCCGCGCCUUCGCGCACAAGAUCAACAGGACGGUGGCGGCCGAGGUCAGGAAGCAGGUGUCCCGCGAGUACAGCGGCUCCCCUCAGCUCUGCAAGAGGAGAAGCGGCUCCCAGCAGGUUGUCCCCCUGACGGAGGUUGUGGAGCCCCUGGACCUGGAGGAGUUCCUGCUGAACCACCCUUUGGAUGCAGAGCCCGGCCCGCUGCGAGACCUCAUGGAGUUCCCGGCCGAUGACCUGGAGCUGGUGCUGCAGACGCGCGAGUGCCGGACCACAGAGCCAGGGAUCCCGGAAGAGGGGAAACUGGACGCUCGGGUGAGAGAUGCAGUUGAAAUCUAUACUGAGGAUUGGGUCAUCGUCCGCAGAAAGUACCAGAACCUGAGUUCAUCAUACAGUCCCAAUACCUCCGAGAGGCACCGAGAGCGGCAGAAAAGCCUGAGUCGACAAGUCUUUGAGAUGGAUUCAGCUGCAGAUGAGAGGCUGGGCUCUGAGGACUUGGAUGACCUGAAGCACUGCUCGGCCUCCCUGGACGACACACCCCGGGGGAGCUGGGCUUCCAACAUCUUCGACCUGAAAAACUCUGCUGCGGACUCACUGCUGCCGUCCCUGCUGGAGCACACAGCCCCCGAGGAGAUCGACCGCAGGAACGAGGAGCUCCGGAGUCAGAACCGGCCCCGCAAUCUCUUGGCCCUGUACCCCGCCCCGGAUGAGGAUGAGGCUGUUGAGCGUUGCAGUGUCCCAGAGCCCCCCAAAGAACACUUUGGGCAGAGAAUCCUGGUCAAAUGUCUGUCUCUCAAGUUUGAGAUAGAAAUCGAGCCCAUCUUUGGAAUCCUUGCCCUGUAUGACAUCAAGGAAAAGAAGAAGAUCUCAGAAAAUUUCUACUUUGACCUGAAUUCUGACCACAUGAAGGGACUGCUCCGGGCCCAUGUGGCACACCCAGCCAUCUCCACCCUGGCGCGCUCUGCCAUAUUUUCCAUCACCUACCCCUCCCCAGACAUCUUCCUGGUCAUUAAGCUGGAGAAAGUCUUGCAGCAAGGGGACAUCGCUGAGUGCUGUGAGCCUUACAUGGUCAUGAAGGAGUCGGAUGCUGUGAAGAACAAGGAGAAGCUGGAGAAGUUACGUCACGCAGCCGAACAGUUUUGCAGCCGUCUGGGCUGCUACCGCAUGCCCUUUGCCUGGACUGCCGUGCACCUGGCCAACAUUAUCAACAGUGCUGGCUCCACGGACCGAGAUUCCUCUGACUCUGAGAGUGAGCGGAAGUCCACUUGGAAUGAGAGGAAGAGGAAGGCCUUUGAGCGGGCCAGCCUCGGGGACGAUUCCUGCAGCUUCUCUAACUUUCGCCCAGCUACCCUGACCGUUACUAACUUCUUCAAACAGGAGGGAGACCGCCUGAGCGAUGAGGAUUUGUACAAGUUCCUGGCAGAUAUGAAGAGACCGUCCUCUGUGCUACGGAGGCUUCGGCCUGUCACAGCCCAGCUUAAGAUCGACAUCUCUCCAGCCCCUGAGAACCCCCACUUCUGUCUGUCCCCGGAGCUGCUGCAUGUGAAGCCAUACCCCGACCCCCGUGGCCGCCCCACCAAAGAGAUCCUGGAGUUUCCAGCCCGGGAGGUCUAUGCCCCCUUCACCAGCUACAGGUGGGUUCCAGUGGUGAGUCCUGAGCUGUGCUUUAUUCUGGGGGUGUUUCCUAUCCCAGGACUUUCCAUCCCCUUCUUGGACAGGGCUCAGAAGCAGGUUUGGGGCAUUCAGGCGAGCAUGGCCUCCCGAGCUCUUCAGCCGGGCCCCUGCCAUAGCGGCCCCUCAGGGAGGGAGCUCCGGGGGCCGUGCGGUCCGUCCCCCCAUCCUGAGGUCCCGGGAAGUUGUGACUUGACCAAGAUUACACAGACAGUCAGUGGCGUCCGGCCUCCAAACUCGGGUCCCCCGAGCGCGCUCUCCAGCCGUCCGCUGCUGCUGCUGCUGGGUCAGCUCUCGCUGCUGCCGCUGGACAUGACCCAUCAGGGACCAGAUGAUCUGGCUUUGUUUGUCCGCAUAGAGCUGUGGGGCUACCUGGAGCUCCCCCAGGUUCCUCUGCAGCUCCUGGGUCCCUGCCCGGGCACUGCCCAGGUCCUGCUGCAUCAUCAGCACGGUCUGCUCGUACAGGCCCAGGCUGCGGCUGGCCUCGGCCAGCUGGGUCUCUGUGGCUUUGUAGAUGUGCUUGAGGGCCUGGCCAAACUGCAGGACGCCAUGGAGGAGGAUGUUGACUUCCUCUUGCAGCGCCAGCUCUGGGCUCGGCUUGGGGCGCGAGACAAAAACAUCAUCCCUGAUCUCAACGAGGGGGGAGCAGAGUGGAAGGGGGCUGAUGAGGAAGGCCCCGGCCUGGCCCCAGCCAUGGGCAGCGCCCUCCUACCUGCCGAGGGGGGCCCACCUAGCCCCUUCCCCCACCCCAGGGCUUUGGGAAUCCAGCGCAGGGUUUUGGAGGCUACACAGUGGUGUAUCACAGCAAGUCCCGGGUGGGGGGCGCCCCAGGCCACCCCAGGCCCCCUCCCAGGGUCCCUGGGGACUCAUGUGGCCCAGAGGCCCUUGGCGGGGGCCCAGCCUUGGGUAAUUGGCCGGGGCGGCGGCCUCGGGGCGGUCCUGGGGAAACGCGGGCGGGCUGAAAGGGACGCGUGGGGGCCCUUGGCGGCCGGGCCCCUUGCCUUCUCCCACCACGUGCUGGACAAGCUCAUCCACCUCAUCGUGCGGCCCCCCGUCAUCGGCGGCCAGAUUGUGAACCUGGGCCGCGGGGCCUUAAGCCUUUCCCUGGGGCUUAUCCCCAAAGUGGAGGGCCCAGGAAGAGGGGGCCUGGGGCCCGGCCCACCUCACGCCCUCCCCACCACCCCACUUUCGUGUGCUACCCUGUCCCGGGCCCCGGGCCGGCCCUCCAGCCUCCACCUGUCACGCUCCAAGAGCAUCAGCAGCAGCAACCCGGAUCUGGCCUCCUCCCCCUGCUCCCCGGACGAGGAGGUCACCCGCAUCCUGGCCUGCAAGGUGGGGGCUGGGGGCAGGGCACCCACUUACUGUCCGGCAGGGGGUAAAAAGCAUGUCCUUCACUUUCGGGGCUCUGGCACUCCGGCCGCCCCAGGCUUUUCAUGGAGCAUCUCCCCGGUCCUCGUGGGGGCUGGGGCCCGCCCCGCCCCAAAGGGGGCCUGGCCCUCAUCGACUACCGGGGCCCAAUCCCCCUCCUUCUUCCUCCAGUACCUCCUGUCCCUGGCGGACCGGGGCUUUGUGUUCCUCCUCAUCAGGGCCUAUUACAAGCAGGUGUCGGGGCAGGUACUGGGGCCAGUGGGAAGGAAGGCGGCCCGAAACCCUCCCCCCUACCUCCCCAUAUCCCGAACCUCCCAACGGGCUGUCACCCUCCUGGACCAAGGAUCCUCUGUCCCAGGCACUGGCCUGACGCCCCGCCCAUCUCCCCCCGGCCUCCCCCCCUUCUCCCUCAACCUCCAGGUAAAAGCCGGGCUCAGCCCUCCGGGUGGGACCCCGGUGAUCAGCAUGUUCGAGCUCUCGGGCGCCUUUCGGCAGCAGCACUUCCUGGCCGGGCUUCUGCUGACUGAGCUGGCCCUGAUUCUUGAGCCCGAGGCCGAGGGGGUGUUCUUCCUGCACAAGAAGGCCAUCAGCGCCGUGCACAGCCUGCUGUGCAGCCACGACGCCGACGCCCGCUACGCCGAGCCCGAGGUCAAGGCCCGCGUGGCCCAGCUCUACCUGCCACUGCUCACCCUGGUCCUGGACACGCUCCCUGUGCCGCCCCUGGCCCUCCCGGCCUCUGCAGAGAGCAGCGGACAGCGCUCCCGGCUGGCCUCCAUGGCCGAGGUGGACAUGGACAUGGAUGGGAGCAGCACCAUCAGCCCCUCCGUGGCCAUGGCGAUCGCGGGGAACCCCCUCCCCCCCGGUCCGCGACCCAGCCUCCCCCUGGGGCCUCCGGCUCCCUCCCGCACAGUUAGCCCCCUGGCAGCAGACACAAGCCGGACCCUGCUGAUCUGCGCGCUGUGGGUGCUGAAGAACGCAGAGCGAGGACUCCUGCAGCACUGGACCAGUGACCUGGGGCCUGCGCAGCUGGUCCGCCUGCUGGACCUCCUGCACCUUUGCACAUCCUGCUUCGAAUACAAGGGGAAGAAGGCCUUUGAACGGAUCAACAGCCUCACUUUCAAGAAGUCACUGGAUAUGAAAGCUCGCCUAGAGGAGGCUAUUCUGGGAACCAUUGGGGCCCGGCAAGAGAUGGUGCGUCGCAGCCGGGAGAGAAGCCCAUUCGGGAACCAGGAGAACGUGAGGUGGAGGAAGAACGUCACACACUGGAAGCAGACCUCAGACAGGGUGGACAAAACCAAAGAUGAGAUGGAGCAUGAAGCCCUUGUCGAUGGGAACCUGGCCACGGAGGCCAACCUCAUCGUCCUGGACACCCUGGAGGUCAUAGUGCAGACAGUGAUCUUGUCGGAGGCCAAGGAGGGCCUCCUGGGGGCCGUGUUGAAGGUCCUACUGCACAGCCUAGGCUGCACCCAGAGCGCCCUCUUCCUGCAACAUGGCCUGGCCACCCAGAGAGCCCUCGUGUCCAAGUUCCCCGAGCUGCUGUUUGAGGAGGACACGGAGCUGUGUGCAGACCUCUGCCUCAGGCUGCUUCGCCACUGCAGCAGCCGAGUCACCACCAUCCGCACCCACGCCAGCGCCUCCCUCUACCUCCUCAUGCGCCAGAACUACGAGAUCGGAAACAACUUUGCCCGGGUGAAGAUGCAGGUGACGAUGUCCUUAUCGUCCCUUGUGGGGACAACGCAGAAUUUCAAUGAGGAGCACCUGCGGCGCUCACUCAAGACCAUCCUCACCUACGCCGAGGAGGACCUGGAGCUGCGGGACAGCACCUUUGCCGAGCAGGUCCAGGAUCUUAUGUUCAACCUGCACAUGAUACUGACAGACACCGUGAAAAUGAAGGAGCACCAGGAAGAUCCAGAGAUGCUCAUUGAUCUCAUGUACAGGAUUGCCCGUGGGUACCAGGGCUCCCCGGACCUUCGUCUAACGUGGCUUCAGAACAUGGCCGGCAAGCACGCGGAAAGGGGGAACCAUGCCGAGGCGGCUCAGUGCUUUGUCCACGCAGCAGCCCUGGUGUCUGAGUAUCUGGCCCUGCUGGAGGACAGCCGCCACCUGCCUGUGGGCUGUGUCACCUUCCAGAGCAUCUCGUCCAAUGUCCUGGAGGAGUCGGCCAUCUCCGAUGACAUCCUUUCCCCUGACGAGGAGGGCAUCUGCUCCGGCAAGCACUUCACGGAGCUGGGGCUGGUGGGGCUGCUGGAGCAGGCGGCCACCUCCUUCACCAUGGGCGGGCUGUACGAGGCUGUGAAUGAGGUCUACAAGAUCCUCAUCCCCAUCCUGGAGGCCCAUCGAGACUAUAAGAAGCUGGCCAUCGUCCAUGGGAAACUACAGGAGGCCUUUACCAAGAUCAUCCACCAGAGCUCUGGUUGGGAGCGCAUGUUUGGAACCUAUUUCCGCGUUGGCUUCUACGGCUCCCGUUUUGGGGAUUUGGAUGAGCAGGAGUUUGUAUACAAGGAGCCAUCGAUCACAAAACUUGCUGAGAUCUCCCACCGGCUUGAGGAAUUCUACUCAGAGCGUUUUGGGGAUGAUGUGGUUGAGAUCAUCAAAGAUUCUAACCCUGUGGACAAAGCCAAGCUGGAGCCCCACAAAGUAAGAGGGGUCCCCGCCCUUAGAUCCCCCAUUGGGCCCUGCGCCUUCCCUGAAAGACCGGUGACCUCUUUGCAGAACUCGAUCUCCGCACCUUCCUGUUCUGCACCCCUUCCGACGGCGGCCCAGGGAGCUCCAGGCGGCCAAGACACUCAGGCACGGCCCCAUGUUCCCCACAUCAAGACCCGAAUUAAUGUCAUCCACAAGGAGGAGGUGCCGGGCCACGAGGGCUGGGCGGAAUCCCACGGGGGCAGGGCCCCCCUCGGGGCCAAGGCCUUGUCCCCUAAAGCCCCUUUGUCCCAGACGUCCCUGGAGGUGGCCAUCGAGGACAUGCAGAAGAAAAGCAGGGGCUCCCUUGCCACCGAGGGCCGCCCCAAGAUCCAGAUGGGCUCCCAAGGCUCCGUGGGCCCCUGGGCCAGGACGGCUGUCCGCCCAGGCCCUGGGCUGGCGGGGCCACCAACCGAAGGGGCCUCAGAGCCCGGGAAGGGGGUCUCACUGGGAAGAGUGAAGGGCCGGGUCAGUCCAGGCCUCAGACGGUACCCAGGCAAGGCCCCAGGUUGGGAUAUUACCUCUCAGCUCCCUCUCUUCAACCCCAAACAGGGUCCUCUGGAAGUAGCCCAAGUGUUUCUGGCUGAGAUCCCUGAGGACCCCAAGCUCUUCCGGCACCACAACAAGCUCCGUCUUUGUUUUAAGGACUUCUGCAAGAAGUGUGAGGAUGCCCUGCGGAAGAACAAGUCCCUGAUUGGCCCUGACCAAAAGGAGUACCACCGGGAGCUGGAGAGGAACUACAGCCGCCUGAAGGAGGCCUUGCAGCCUUUGCUGACUCAGCGCAUCCCCCAGCUGUUUGCCUCCCUGGCUUCGGGCCCCAGCCCCAGGAACUCUUUGAACAGAACAAGUUUCAGAAAAUUUGAAGGCUGAUUGAGAAGGAUGACAAAGGACUGUGGCCAGCCCAGUGGGUCUGGGACCCUUGCACACACAGUGGAGGCCUGGCCUGGGGUGGCCCCCCUCCCGCCACGGGGCCACUCUGGUGCUUUUGUCUUCCAUGCCCCUCACCCUGGUUCCGUCUGGCACUGUGCCCAGUUGGGGGAGAAGGGGUCACACCUGUGUUUACGUUUUCUUUUUUUUUUUUUUUUUUUUUUUUAAUUUAAAGUGACUUUUCAAAAAAAAUCACCCAGUGAGCAUGAUUCCUCCCUUGAAGGGGGUUGGUUGGGGGGCAGCUUCCUGGGGGGGACUGGGAGAGACUACUUGUAAGUCACACUUCGUCUCCGUGCUCCCAGCGGAGGGGCGGAGGGAGCGGGAGGCAGGCGCCCCUUCCUGCCAGCUGAGCCCGGCUUGGAGAAAAACAGUGGGGCACAGUGGGGCACUGGGCCCUCCCUCCGGUUGGGUUGGGAUGUUUGGAGAUGUUUUGGUAACUGUCUCAACGCCGCCUUCCCCCACCCCGACAGCUGGCCCGCUGUGGAUAAGGAAGGAGAGAGAUGCACGACUACGGGGGUGUUAUCGCCCUCUGGGGAGGGUGCGAGUUCUGGCAGAACCCCAAGAUGCCCCGACAUUCCGCCCCGCACCCUCCUCCAGGAAGGGCUAGCGGCCGAGGGCCUCCUUGC